UAACCUUAUUGAUUUGACAUGCAACCCGCAACUUGCGUGAAAAUUACAUAAAUAUUUUCGUUUUAAAUGGUUUUAAUUGGUUUUAAUCUUUAAUUCUUCUUUUUCUAACGAUUUUAACAAUUUUGUCGGGAAUAACAGUGAAAAAUGGUGAAGGAAAGUGAUACGGAGCAUUCGAAAAAAAGAAGAAAAUCAGUUGAAACGACAGCAAUGAAGGACGGAGAUGUUUAUAAGACGAUAAUAACUUACGAGGAGAAGGAAGCAGUCGAAAGAUAUUCCGAGAAAGAUUCCGAGACUUUUCUCAACAUUUGCGAUGAAAUUCGCAAGUCAAUGACAAAAAUUGCGGAACUAAAAACCAGCAACGAUGCAAAAGCGAAGGAGGAAAUAAGUGAAUUACAAAUAAAAACAUCGUUGGCUUUCAUUGAAUUGAAGAAACUCAAUCGAAUGGAAAAAUUUCGUACAAAAUUUGCCCGCGAUUCGUUGGCAAGCGCAAAAAGUAAUGUCGACAGUCGGCAUUUGCAUUUACAAAAUUUACUCUACGAAGUGAUGCAUUUAAAAAAAGAAGUCAUGAAAUGUUUACAAUUCAAAUCUAAAGACGAAAUGAUUGAAUUAGUUUCCGAGGAGGAAUUUUAUCGAGAAGCGCCCGAAACAAUUUCACGGCCUGAAAUUACGAAGAAAGAUGAACAUCAAUUGAAACUCGCACGUCUCGAAUGGGAAUUGACGCAACGAAAACAAUUGUCAUCACUUUGCGAUGAACUUUCGGAUAGUAAAAAAGGCGUUGCUUCGAGUAUUGAACAGAAACAGGCCCGUUUGGAUAAUCUUGCUCCGCAACUUCGUACAAUUUUGGAUUCGAGUAAACCAUUGCAAGAGAGUCUUGGUCUUCCGUUGGAUAAAAUUCGUCAGGAACAUAAAAUGGCUGCUUUGUUGUCAUCGCCUCUUUACGUUCUUUAUGCAAAAACUUCCGCCUAUCGUGACGCUUACGAUUCAUCGUUAACGGUGACGAUUGAGGGCGACGAGGACGAGGCGCAGCGAACGAAUAAUCAAGAGCGACCACAAGAAUCGGAUUCGGAUGCGGAAAAUGCAGGGGAAAAUGUUAUUGAAGAGGCGCCGGUGCACAAAAAACGACAUCAUCGAAUGUCAAAGGAGGCGCGUCUUGAGGAUAAAAAAUCGAAACUCCUUCAACGACAUCCGCUCAGUGUGAAAUUAAUAAUUAAUUUUUCGAAAGACACAAAAUUAACUCUACAAUUUUACUAUUUGACAAUUUUGAAAGUCAUAACUGUUGAGUCGAAUUUGGAAAAUGUCGACAUUGGUGGUGUCAGUGCUGGAGAUAUGUUAAUAUCUGAAUCGAUAUUACGCGAACUUUAUUCAAAGGACACUGGAUUGGAAUCGCCGAAUCCGGCAAAUCAUUAUCAAUUGGAAAGACAUCGAUUGGGCGCGUUUCAUUCAUUGGGACUUGGAUAUCCUUAUAAAUGGGCGCAAAGAAUGGCGGGAAUUUAUUUCGAUGCGCCGGACGUUCAAGAGCAGAGAGCAAAUGUGACGAGUCAACAACUUGCUCACGAUAAUAUUGAGAAUGUAUUGAGAGAAGUGAAACGACGUGUAAAAGCGCGUCUCGCAUUAUGCACCGAAAUACAACAAUUGGAAUCGGGAAAUUUGCAAAUUAUUCCCGAGACAACAGAUCCAAUGCCAACGAAAAUCAACACAUAUUUACAUAAAUUUGUCACAAUGUCGUGGCGAAGUUAUUGCAAUAAUCCCGAGACGCCAUUAUUUUGUCGUGAGGGUUUAGUUAAUUCUGUCGAUUUCUUUUAUGAGGCAGUUUUCCGACGCGAUAGCAAUGAACUUGUCGCUCGUAUUGCAAUAAAACCCGAUUAUCCAAAAGUGACGCCCGUCUUCAGUAUAAGCAUGAAUUCAAUGAAUUUAACAUCGGCCGACGUUAUACGCGACAUGGAACGUGAAAUAAAUGUAAUGUGGGAAAAACCACCAACACUCACAGCACAAAUUCAAAGACUACGUGCUUGCUUUGAUAUUUUCCUGGAAACAGAGGGUCGCGUGACAAGGGAGAAAAUUUUCUUCUAUUCAGUUAAGGGCCGAACACGAGCACGUCCCUAUAAAUACGUUCCACUAGGCGGAGGUAUUUUUACACAUCGAUAAUUUAAAAAAAAAAAAAAUCAUAUACAAUAAGAAUUGUACAAUUUUUUUUUCUUCGUUUUAUUUUUAAACUCAUUUAAAGAUUUUUUUUCAAUAAAUC